CAUUAAUCAAAAUCGCAGCGAAAGAGCAAUUGCAUCUUAUUUAUAUUUUCAAUUUUAGAACAUUAAGUGGUAAAAUAAAUAGAAAAAUGGAGACUGCUACACCUAAUACAUACGGGGAAUGUCGAUGCUGCUUGUCCAAAGGCCAACACAAGGACAUAAUGAAGGAAUACUAUACUAACGGUGUUCGAGAGAUUUAUUACAACAUGUUCAUGGACUGUUUUAAUUUAUACAUGUCGACCACAAGCUCCAUCAGCACGCUAAUAUGCUCGUCCUGUGUGCUCCGUCUCCGAGACGCGAGCAGCUUUCGAGCCAUGGCGGUGACCACAGAGAGACGGCUGCUCGCUGCCAGCCAGGAGACUGUCUUUGUCAAUGUGGGUGAACACACAGACACCGAAGUGGAUAUAAAGCUGGAAACGCCCGUACAUAAUGUACAGAUCAAAGAAGAGGCCAGCGACUCCGACAGAGACUACGAUUCAGACAUACCACUUAUUAACCAUUCCCAACAUCACUCCGAACUUCCUGAGUUAGCGUCUGACGUAGCGAAGUUGGUCGCUCGGUUCCCACGCGGCUCGCUCAGAGCGCUGCCGACGAGGGACUCUCUCUACACCUCGCUCACCGCUUAUGUACGCCAUCUAGAUCAGCUGAGGGGUAAACUGAUACUCCCAAGAAUGCUAACGAAACUCGUCGACCAACAGGAAAUCAGGAAGACAAAAGUUCGCAAAACCUACAUCACCGAGAAGUAUGCACAUAUCAUCAAUGCGUCAACAAUAUUAGAGUGUUCAAAUGUGACGCCUUUCAAAAGCAAGAGCCGGUCCGGAUUCCCCUGCUUUUAUUGCCGGAAUAUAUUUGAUAAUUUAGAGCAAUUAAAAAAUCAUCAGAGUAAUGAACAUAAGAAGAGUGAAGCUAAGAAAAUCUUAAGCACAUAUGGCGCAGAAAGCUUAGUUGUGUAUGUCGAUGUAACAGAUUUAAAAUGCCUAAUAUGCCAAACGGGUGUACCUAAUUUAAACGAGUUAAAAUCACAUCUGACCAAGACACAUCUGAAGAAAAUGCAUCUAGAAUUCACCGAUAGAAUUAUACCUUUUAAAUUAUCUGAAAAUAAUGUUUACGAGUGCCAACUCUGUGGAUUCAGUUUUGAGACUUUUGGGUCGAUAGAAAGACAUAUGAACACGCAUUUUAGAAACUAUGUUUGCAAAGAUUGCGGGACCGGUUUUGUAACUAAAUAUAGAUUGAAAGUACAUAUAAAGAGCAUGCAUGUCGGCGGUAGUUUCCCUUGUGAAAUAUGUAAGAAAGUUUAUACAACGCAGCAGAAAUAUAAGAACCAUGUUGAUACGGUGCAUAAGUUGGUCAAAAGGUUUAAAUGCCCGAAGUGUCCGGAGAGAUUUUCAGAAUAUUUCCGUCGUCAAAAGCAUCUAGUACAGAUACAUAAUCUAGCCCCACUCCAAUACAAAUGUAAUGUGUGUGAUAAGAGUUUUGAUCGUCGCUACACACUAUCCAGACAUAUGAAGAGAGACCAUUUAGAAGAGAGAGACUACCAAUGCCAACUAUGUUCUUAUAAAUGCUUCACAAAUAACGAAUUGACUGUCCAUAUGAUCAAACAUAACGGGGAGAGAAUCUUCGAGUGUGCUGUUUGCAAGAAAUCUUACGCCAGGAAGAAAACGCUUAAAGAGCACAUGCGCAUACACAAUAAUGAUCGCAGGUUUGCCUGUGCGGUUUGCGGACAAGCCUUUGUACAGAAAUGCAGCCUUAAAGGGCAUAUAAAAACGCAUCAUAUAGAAUAUAGUUUGCAAUCAUUAGAGUAGCGUAUUCUGCGACCCGCCCCGGCUUCGCACGGGCAUAGAGAAAUAUAGUAAGAAUAUAGAGUGAAUAAUAAUCGUUUUGGUAC